UAUUUACUCUGGGUCGCAGUCUUUUUGCUGAAACAACCACCGAAGUGCCUUUCAAGAACAUAAUUCUCACCUUAAUUUCCAUGAUAGUUACACUUGGAAUCGGAUUAGCUUUUCAAAGAUGGCUGCCCCGUGUGGCUAAAUUCUGCCGCCGCAUCUUGGCUCCCGUGUCGAUUUUCAUGAUCAUUUUCAUCAUCAUUUUUGGCACCUACGCCAACCUCUACAUGUUCAAACUUUUCACCUGGAGAAUCGUAGUAGCAGCCUCCGCUAAUGUGUGGAUUGGAUUCCUCAUCGGUGCCUUGCUGUCCAAGUCGUUCGAUCUUUCCUUGGAAGAUAUAAUUGCCAUCGCUGUUGAGACUGGUGUUCAGAACACCGGGAUAGCCAUCGUUUUGCUUGGCUUUUCCCUCGGUCAACCGGAAGGAGAUCUGGCUGCUGUUGUACCAGUUGCUGCGUCUAUCAUGACACCAUUCCCACUGCUGUUGGCCUAUUGCGUUUUGAGAGUGUAUAGAAAGUAUUUUCCAAGCAAAAGCAAGCCAGAAUCUCGUCUCUAUGUAAUGGAUGACGAGGAAGAGAAGAGAACCUUACCAACGCCCAGCAGUUGUGAUUCUAUAAUGG